AGCCAAGAUUGGCAUCACGUCCUGACAAUCACAACUCUUCAGAAUCUUCAGUAUUCAGUAAAGCACAGAAUCUAAUACUAAAAUGUUUCGUCAGACAUUUGAAUUGUGUUUCUGGAAUAAUUUUAAUUUAAUAAUAAACUAAGAACAUUUGUCAUACAUCACUUUUUAUUCUUUUAUUUGGGGCAUUUAUCAUCAAAACUCUCAAAUAAUUGUUUAGAUCUACAUGGUGAUAUAGAAAGGAAUGAUAGAGGUUUGUGUUUUCAAUAGAUGAGAACAGGUUUUAGAUGAUUUGCUUUGUAGAUUUUACUUUGGCUAGAGGGUAUAAAGUGGAAUCUGUGAGCCAGUGUUGCUGUUUUAGUUGUUUUGAGAAGAGAUCUAGAUCUUACUGUAAACCACAACAUGUGACAUGUAAUCUGGCCCAAGUUCAGCUCUUACAUACAAUUGUUACCUGCAACAAACAAAGCGGAAGUACUCAAAUGAGCAACUGAACAACCAGCAUUCAAAUAUGCUUCACUAUGAAGUGUAACCAGGUCUCAUUUUGAACUUUUCUAAAGAUUCCUAUAAAACCUUUUAUGGCUGCAUAUCUUAUUACUGUUCUAUAAGGUAAUAUUUUAGUAUUAUCAGAAGUCAAAAGUUGAAAACUUGGAGCUUUUUAAACAUGUUUAUGCUGGAAACAAUAUUCCUGAUGCAGUCAACUCAAAAUAUUAAAUGUAAUAAAAGGCUGGUUUAUAGAUUUAUUUAGAGAAAAGUCAAAAAAAUUUAGUCAAAAUAAUUUUUCACCUUUAUUCUCCUAAAAUCCUAAAGUAUUCUGUUAUAAUUUACUAACCUUUUUUAUCAGAAAAGCAGAAAUUAAUAGCAUAAUGUGCAUGCUGCUGUUUUAAAUAUAAUGAAUGAAAACAGCAGACAAGUAAAGAUUUGUAAUGCAUACUUUAACGAUAAUACUCUUUUCCUCACCCAAAGCCAUCAAAUGACUUUGUAAUAUAGUACAAUAGAUAAAUUUAUGUGGGCUUAGAAGCUGAGAAUGAAAAAAGAUGACAUGACUUGCAUUUUUGGGUGCACACAUUAAUAUGUUAAAUAUCAGUGAUAAGAAGGAAAGUAAUCCAUAGUUUAUUUUAAAAAUAGUUUAUGUCUUUUAAAAUAAAACGGCAGCUUCGGAACAAAAUGUAUUUGAUCAGAAGUGCACUUUUACUUUCUGUUCUGUCCUUGACUAAACUGAUUUUGCCACACCCAAAAUGGCGCCUUUACAAACACUCAACCGGUGUUACGUGAAAAUAUGCCCCCUCUGACCAGUUUUUGUUAACGUUCCGGUCCCCAUGCAUCUGUUUUGAUUGGCGAUCAAUCCGAGCACAGCACCGCAGUGCUGCUACAGUCAAUCUCAGUAACAUCCCUCCAGUCCGGCCACUAAAAACAAUGUCAACAUACUGAGCCUAAUUAUGGAGGAAGCCGUGCCAUUUAGCAUCGUGUCCACCGUCAAAGCGUUGAGCGGCGCGUUGAGGAGAGAUACUGAACAUGAAGCCGAGAUCAGCCGCGAGCGAGAGAAGCUCUGGUUCAAGGAGAGCAGCGGAAAAAACCUGAGAAAUCGUGACUUCUUGUCACCCAACACGGUUCUAACGACGCUGUACGCCGGCGGAGAGGUUCCCUCUGAUGUUCUCAGUGGUAUUCGCUCUCUUCAUGGCAGCGGUGUAUUGCCGAUAGGAGCCACUGAGGUGACACCAGAAGGCCUGCGUGUGUGUGUGGAUCGCUGUGCAGCAUUCAGAGGUGUUUUAUGUGGAAUAACACCAUAUCUGAGACCUGCUGCUCAGAGACAGGGCUGUGUCCUCAUCAACUGCCCUGCUCUCCACACCAAACAAACAGUGCCAUCUCCCGAUACACUAGCUCUGGGGCAGCUUCGGACUGUUCUCAUUGCUGACCACCUCGGAGCUCAGCUCAGAAGACAAGGGUACACUGUGUCCUUUUGUCCAGCCUUGCCACAGGACAGUGACAUUGUCAACUUUCUGAAAACGCUAGGCAUUGAUUGGCCGACGGUCCCUGUCAGCUGGACCAAUGAGGACAGGGAGGAGAAAAUUAAAAAAGCUUUAGAGAACUCAACCUACAGAGACAGAGAGAUGGAGAGAGGAAAAAGGAGAAGCAGAGGCGAGGAAAUAGAGGGAGAGAGAAGAGGGAUUAAAGAGGAAGUUAGGAUAAACCUUAAACAAGUGGUACAGGACGACAACCUUCAGGGGUAUGAUCCCAGUCUUGGCACUUGCACAGUGCAGAGAGAAGCUUUGUGUCAUCUGGCCCAGCUGGACAGUGCUGCCACAGAUUUCCCUAUCUCUACAACGACAGCCCUGCAUGUCACUUCCUGUCAGGAUGAGUUUCGUCAGCAGCAAACAGCCAUGUUGUGGAGAGCGGCGGGUGCAACGGCAGUACAGAGAUUGGUGAUUUGUGGUCCUGUUAAAACUCCUGGAAUUCAGAUGAAUGCAGCUCAGUAUCUUCAGUUAAGAAAAGCUCAGAUGAAAGAGGCCUCAGAAAUGAAGUAUGGAGACCAAGUUGAAGGUCAGACAUGGGAUGACAUAAUUAGAGUCAUGACCUCGGCCACAGUGAGGUUUGAACUGCUUUCCACAGUGCACACAAGUCCGGUGACCUUAGAUGUUCAGCGGGACAGUGGUGUGUCCACAAAGGGCCCCAGGGGUGGAGUCUUUGUCAUGUACAACUGCGCUCGUCUUCACACACUUUUCAGCAGCUAUGAGAAAGGGGUGGAGCAAGGUCUUUAUCCAGAAAUUCCUGGAGGCAUAGAGCUGGACUUUUCUGCCCUAAAAGAGGAGGGGGAGUGGCUUCUUCUCUUCAAUUACCUCAUUCCAUUCUCUGAGUUGCUGGACCAAUCGGGACAGAUCCUGGAGCAUGAAGGCAGCACAGCCAGAGUGAAUUUAAGGACUGAACAGGUGUGCAGAUUCUUGGUGUCUCUCAGUAAAGAUUUUAGCUCCUACUACAACAGAGUUCACAUCCUUGGGGAGCCCCUGCCUCAUCUUUUUAAUCAGAUGUUUUGUCGUUUAUUGCUGCUGAGAGCAUUAAGAGAACUUUACCACAGUGCCCUAGACUCCCUUAACCUUCCCCCAAUACCCCAACUAUAGCAUCUCCACUGCAGACAUUAUACACAAACAGCAACAAAUUCUCUCCCUUAACAGCCAGCACUCUUCCAUUUCCUUAGUUAUUACACCUUAGAUACCUUCCUCAUAGCCAUAAUUGCCUGACCAUAUUGUCUGAAUAGCCCCUAAUAGCCAUACAAAAGGCAGGACAGACCCCAUAAAUCUGUCGCUCCUCACCCUUUCAUCCAGUAAAAUAAUAUUAAGUCGCCCUUAAAAUGUCAACAGAAUAUGCUUUCUUUCACAGUGAAUUGAAAUCCUCCUGCAUGAGUAUUUAUUCUGUGUAAUAAUGUUUCAUUGGUGUAAGUGCCCAGCUCUAUUUGUUCAACACUGAACACUUAUUUACAGCACAUCACCGUUGUUCUUACAGUCUGAUAGAUGCACACACAAAGUA